AUGGCAUCGAGCCAACCACUAUCAAUUGCGUCUUUCCCCGCCUGGGCGCGACUUAACGAUGUGGACUUUACCAACGCUGAGCUGAGGGAGACGGAUGUGAAGGGAAUUGGUUUGGUGGCAGCGAGGGACUUGAAGACGACAACGAAGACGACAGCACAGCCAACCAAGGAAACGACAUCAAACGCCAAUGAGAAUGGAGAUGAUUUAUCACUGCUUCGCAUUCCCCACGACUUGGUCCUAUCAGCAGCUGCCAUUGAGGAAUACACCAAGGUCGACCAGAACUUCCGUCAACUUCUCGAUGUUGCAGGACAUCAGUCUACGAGGAAGGACAUCCUAUUGUAUCUCCUAACACACCUCAUCCUCUCCGCAAAAGGUCCCUCCGGCUCUCGGGGGCCUGCUUCGACUCCGUGGACCGAGUACUUGAAGUUUCUGCCUCGCCAUGUCCCCGUACCAACAAUGUGGUCGGAAGUUGAGCGAGCUCUCCUGCAGGGCACAUCGCUAGAGGCUGCGCUCGAGGCUAAGCUUGCGGCACUUAACAACGAGUUUGAUGAACUCCGCGAAAAAUCCUCGGGGCUGGCGUUUUGGAACUCGCUCUUUUGGGAGAAGGAGACAGCCACUAUCCAAGAUUGGAUCUUGAUCGAUGCACUGUAUCGUUCCCGUUGCCUGGAACUUCCCCGAGCUGGGGACGCCAUGGUCCCUGGUCUCGACAUGGCCAACCACUCACAUGAUCCGACUGCAUACUACGAGGAGGACGACAAGGAUGAUGUUGUGCUACUGCUGCGGCUAGGCGUGGAGGUGACAGGCGGGGAAGAGGUGUCCAUCUCCUAUGGGGACAAGUCCCCUGCAGAGAUGCUCUUCAGCUACGGCUUCAUUGACCGAGACUCGGCUGCCCACGACUUGACUCUGCCUCUGGAGGCCCUCCCCGAUGAUCCGCUGGGAAAGGCCAAGCUCCACAUCUUCAAGGCACCGCCUACGCUGAAGUUGUCUCGGUCAGACGGGAAACUAAGCUGGCGCAGCCCGUUUGCUUACCUCAUGUGUCUGAAUGAGGAAGAUGGUCUCGAGUUCAGGGUGCUGCAGGGGAAGGACGGAGGGCGGGAGCUAAAGCUGUUCUGGCAAGACCAGGACGUGACGGCACGGGCGGACGACUUUGAAGUCCUCAUCGAGCAACACCCCCUCUGCCAGGUGUUUAGGCUUCGAGUGGUGACCGUCCUGCACGAGGUGGUGUCUACCCAGCUGACGCACCUCCCCUCCGAGAUUUCCCAUGAUCAACUGGACCCGUUGCGCCGGGCCGGACUUGUGAGAGAGGAGUGUAUCCGAGCAGCGGAAACACUCUGGGAGGUUGAGGCUAGUGUGCUUGAGAGUGCAACCGAGGCAUUGGAGCAACAGAGGACCCACCUUUUUGCGGACGACCACGUGGUGGCAUAUCUCGGAUCGAUGGAAGUUUCCGAAAGCGGACAAGCGCAUGACGCUCCAGCCAAUGAGGAGGACGAUUUUAGCUGA